AUGUCGCUUAUUCUUGACUGCCCAAUUGAAAAGCUACCUGAACGUCCUAGAGACAAGUCAAAAGUUGUCGAUGUCAAAAAACGAGCACACAAGGUGAUUGCUACUGAAGCCAGCGCCUCUAGUUGCGUUUACAUCCGUUGGCCUGAUGGCAUCGAAAAGCAAUAUCGUCGGUAUUGCAAAAGUUGUGGCCUUCUUCUUCUGUAUCGCCACAGUGUGAAGGGACACGUGGCAGAAUUUAUCGUCCAAGGUGCUUUGAGUUUGCAAGAAGGAAAUGUUGGUUUAUCAGCGUCGGCCUUGGCAACCAGAACUGCUAAGCUGGAUGGUACAGAUGCUGGUGAGGCCAACGUGAAACUCCUCACGGCGCUGGCCUCGCAAGCUGAGGCAAUGGCCCAACAAAGUGGCAGUACAAUGGCCCCGCCUGUCAACCCCCUGUCGACAUCCGCAAAGCUUAGACGAUCUGUUCAACAGCAGGAGACCUCCCAGGGCGUGGACACUGCGGUGACAGUUUCGACAAUUGAGGACGAAGAGGAGGAGGCCGAGGCUAAAGAAGUUGCUGAUUCCUAUGCCGCAAAUGCACGCGUAAUUGAGGCCCAGAUGAUCCGUAGGGGUAUCAUUAAACGCCGGCUUGUCGAUGAGGCUAAUGAACAGGCCGCCAAACGGCGGAUACGGGGCACUUUGAUCGAGAAGUAA